AUGCCUUUUCGACUCCUCUCUUCCGCUCUCGUGCACCUAUUGCGUCAGCCGGACAUUGAGUGGGAACUGGAUGCAUGGCGCUACAAACCUCCGCCACCUCCUGGCAUAUUUCACUCUAUCCAGGAUAGUCGUCGGUGGAAGGCUCUCCAGGGAGCUGACGGCGAGCCUUUUUUCGGGCCUCAAGGAGGACACGAGCUGCGCAUAGCAGUCAUUCUGCACGUCAAUUGGUUUUCGGCGUCUUCGAGCGCUUUCAGUGCGUCGUACUCGUCAGGCGCCAUAUCAUUCUCCAUCCCCAACCUACCACCAGUGCUUCGGUACCGUGUGGAAAACCUCAUCCUCAGCGCGAUGACUGAUGGCCCCAAGGAGCCUGAUGCAGAGGAACUACAGCAUUGGCUCGAGCUGGUCGUAGAUGACCUUCUCGUGCUCUUCUACCUAGGUAUAUUCGCCCCGACUGAGUCGCGCAAGGAGGGCCGACGCAUGCGGGUCGCACUCGUCUGCACAUGUGCUGAUCAUCCCGCAAUGUGCAAGGCAGCUGGCUUUGCAGACAAAAGCCAUCUAAACGCGCCAUGCACUCAGGGAAUCACCGACGCGAACCAUAUGUAUUCGGACGAAUGUCUCAAUCGAGGUUGUCUGCCCAGAAGUGCGGAACUUCAUGUGGCUCAUGCGCGAGCGUGGAAGUCGCUUGAAGAUAAGAAAGACCGCGACGAAUACUUCAAGCAGCAUGGGUCGCGGUGGUCUGAACUUAUGCGACUUCCAUACUAUGACUGUGUGGCUAUGACAGUGAUAGACCCGAUGCACAACUUAUUGCUAGGCAAGUCGGGCUUGAUCAGUGUCGUAAAAAAUCAGUGGUAUUCUCGCUGGAUCAAGGGCGGCACGUUGCGUGCCGACACAAAGGCAGGCACCAAGCGAGAAUUGUCUGUAUUGCACAGAUUCCUUGAUACAUUCGAGGCCCCCGAGUGGGUCGGUCGCCUUCCUCUCCGUGUGGGCGAGCCUGCUGGUGGCUCUCUGACAGCAGAUGAGUACAAGUUAAUGAUUAUAUGCCCGGGUAUGCUGAUUGUAAGUUGCGCUUGCCGCGUGCGCGCCCUCGUUUGA